UUCCCUACUAUGUCCCAAUUGCACUUCGCUCUAGUACCUUUGUGCACGUUUCGAUGCCCUCCCUCUGCUUUUAAAUCUUCAUUAGCGAUAAACAAGCGGGUUUUAGAAUAUUUUUGCUCGUUUUGUGCCCCCCUCUCGCAGCGUCUUCACUAACAAACACUAUCUGGUAGGAGUCGACUGCUUCAUCCAUGCAUUGGAGUCCCGGGCCCCAGCGUACCGGCUCCGGCUCCAGCCAUGUCGGCCAGGAAUGCAACGGCUACCGGCGGUGACAGAGCGGUAGGCGAACCGGCAGAUGAUGUGCUGGUUGAGGAAGAACAAAGUACUUCUGUGUCUCUGCCCAGCCUGAUGACCCCACCCUCAGCUGCUGGUAUGUCCCUGAGCGUGGAGUUAACCCGAAAGCGCAAGGGCAGCGUGGACAACCAGGAUUCAAAAUGUGUUUCAGUCCCUGAUGUAGAUAUGGAAGAUGACCAAAACAGGUCAGAUGGAGAGGACCAACAUGUCAAAGUUAAAUGCUUCAGGGAGCCACAUAGCCAAAUUGAGAAGAGGAGACGGGACAAAAUGAACAAUCUGAUUGACAAGCUCUCAGCCAUGAUCCCCACCUGUAACCCCAUGUCUCGUAAGCUGGACAAACUCACUGUGCUUCGAAUGGCAGUACAGCACCUCAAGUCUCUCAAAGGUUCAGCAAGUUCUUUUUCUGAAGCCAACUAUAAACCGUCAUUCCUUCCUGAUGAGGAGCUCAAACAUCUUGUUCUCAAGGCUGCAGAUGGGUUCCUGUUUGUAGUGGGCUGUGAUCGUGGGAAAAUAGUUUUUGUCUCAGAGUCUGUCACGAAGAUAUUAAAUUAUAGCCGGGCGGAGCUGAUUGGGCAGAGCCUGUUUGAUUACAUACACCCAAAGGACAUGGGAAAAGUGAAGGAGCAGCUGUCCGCUUCUGAAUUAUAUCCUCGUGAACGGCUAAUAGAUGCUAAAACCGGUCUGCAGGUUCAGGCUGACCUUCCAAUCGGUGCAGCACGGUUGUGUUCGGGUGCUCGUCGUUCAUUCUUCUGUCGCAUGAAGUAUAACAAAGUUUCUAUCAAAGUGGAAGAGAAGGAAUCCCAGGGAAAUGUCUCCAAAAAGAAAGAGUCGCAGAAGUACUGCACAGUCCACUGUACAGGCUACAUGCGCAGCUGGCCGACCAGUCAGCUGGGAGCAGAAGGGGAGGGUGAAGUGGACAAGCAGGAAAGCUCCCACUUCAGCUGUCUAGUGGCGGUGGGACGCGUCCACAACCACUCAUCUCCCCAGGUUAAUGGAGAAGUCCGAGUUAAACCCACAGAGUUCAUCACGCGCUAUGCCAUGGAUGGCAAGUUCACCUUUGUUGAUCAAAGAGCGACGACCAUUCUAGGUUAUCUUCCCCAAGAAUUGCUCGGGACAUCGUGCUACGAAUACUUCCAUCAAGAUGACUUACCCCAUUUAGCAGACAGACAUCGAAAAGUGCUGCGGAGUAAAGAAAAAAUAGAGACAAACUGCUACAAAUUCAAAACAAAAUACGGCUCUUUUGUCACUCUGCAAAGUCAGUGGUUUAGUUUUGUAAAUCCGUGGACCAAAGAACUAGAAUAUAUAGUGUCAACUAACACAGUCAUCUCAUAUGAUCCCAGUCGAGCAGGCCGGUCAGGAAAUAAAUCUGAACAGUCGAGCAAUCCCAAGGCUUCUGAAGACUGUAAAAAGUCCCCUCCUAUUAUACCGGGCAUUUCCAGCACACCUGGGACUAUGAUAUAUGCCGGAAGCAUAGGAACCCAGAUUGCCAAUGAGCUGCUGGAUUUCAACAGGACGAACUCAUCACCUUCCAGUGGUAACGUCAGUCCCUUCAGUCUGCCACAGGACAAGUCCCCACAAAUUCACAAUCAAAUCAGCAACAGCGUCCCAAAUGGAGAAACAUCAGACAUGGAAAUACCAGGAAAGUCCAGCUCGGAGAGUGAGCCUCAAGGAGCUGCAUUCUCAGGAGGAGAGACUCUUAUGGGAGAAAAUUCCCAGUUGGAUUUGGAGAGCGUGGUUGGACCAGGCCUGAAUAGCCUCAGCAGUGAUGAAGCAGCUAUGGCAGUGAUCUGGAGCCUUUUGGAGACGGACACAAACUUGGGAGAAGCCGUGGACUUUGAAGAGAUGCACUGGUCCUUAUAGAAUCUGCAUUACAGUGUGAAACGGCACGCUGGAAAACACCCGGAUCCUCAUUUUGAUGAUGGCAGAAACUGCUUGAAGCUUACUCGAAGGAGCAGCAUUCUGUUUUUGUUUUAUUUUUUUUGUUUUGUUUUGUUAAAAUUUAAUAUAUUAGUUACUCUUCUCCACAUAAGCUGUCUAGUAUUUGGGUGGCUGCUCAAACAGGAGCAGAAUCGGCAACAUUAAGGGACACCUGCUUUCCCUCUUCAGAAAGAGGAUGUGCCUCUUAAACGUUGCAGCUGCCCGCCCACUCACCUUGAAACGCUGUUCCUCUCCUCCCUGCUUUCUUAAAUCUGCCGUCAGCUUCAGAAAGGUUGAAGAAGCCGUGAACGCACAGAAGAGUGAUAUGAAGUGCAUCAUGAUGGCUCUGGAUCCUUGCUUCUAUUUCUCUCCACCUAAAUUUAAACACAGGUUGGGAGUGGUGACGCAAAAAUCAAUUGCACUGAAUUGAUUUCUUUUUUCUUUCUUUUUUUAAAGUUGUAAUUUCAUUAGGUACUGUAUGCUUGACUAAAAUGCAAGAGGACACCCUAAAAAACUGGCCAAGCUUUGCAACCCUUCCCUCAGGAUCCAAAACCGUGGGUUUAAAGCUUACCGCGGCAGACCACACUUCCAUAACCUCUACUCUCUUUGAGAGUCACCUACAGACGUGGCGCUCUGAGAUUUUCUCUUGUCAGUAUCUGAACAUUUUUCUCACAAACGGUGUAGUAACCUCUUCUCUUGUAUGCUAACAUAUGUCGCUGUACAUAUGUGGGGUCGAUAUGAUUGCAAACACCAUGUCUUCAGGCCACAUGUGUCUUAAAGGGAUAGGUUGCAUAAAAAGCCUCAGAAUUUACUAGUUCCACCUUCAAAAAAUUUUAGUUGAUGAGCUGCCAGUUUUGAUGGCUGGUCAUUUAUGAGCACUACAGUACGACUUCAUGCAAAUCAGAACGGCACUUUAGAAGUGCUGAUAUUGAGGGUUGGUAGCGAUGGCUGACGAGCGAACCCAUUUCACAUCUGUGACACUUUCUCAGUACGUGUUUGAGACUGAUGCGAGUCAGGGAGUUAUCAACUUUUAAGAUUUUACACACUUCCCUGCAUACUGUACAAGUAGUAUCAGUACUUGUUCACCUCUGAAUCUUUGUUCUUAUUGUUGUCUCUAUAGUCGUGCAGGUAAGCCAUACCUUCUACCGUUUCUUCUUUUUAUGCACUGACAGUCUGAGAACAUGUUUAUGUGCUUGUUAUGUGGCAGACAGGGUUGAAAUUGAUAUGUUUGUUAAGGGAUUGUGCUAUGCAGAAGUGUCAUUCCAAACUUUUUCCCCCCCUUCCCUUUAUUUCCUCUUGUGUAAUAGCCACGUGCAUGAUUCCUGAGUGUAGAACAUUUGCAGAGCUGUGGUGUGACAUUUGUGAGAACUUGAAUGGUCCACGGAGCAGUAUGGAUCCCAUUGCCAUUUACCUCAUGUAGAGUUUAGGAUUGGCCAUGCUUUCAGUUGCACAUUCUAGCUUUUUACUAAAGUAAUGAAACCUCUGAUAGCCAUGAUUUGAUGAUCUAUUUGUUAGUGAUCCACUGCUGAGCGUGGCCAUGAGUGGCUCUUAGUUAUGGAGUUACCAAAGUGUUGUCGUAUGCUAAAUUAAAGGGUGUCGGCUUGAGAUCCUGGUGAGAGCAGAUAAUGUAGAAAUUUACUUUAUAGGUCCAUUAUAAUAAAGUUAUUGCAUUUGGCUGUUUUUUUUUUUUGUUUUUGUUUUGUUUUUUGUUUUUAUAAGAAAUUUAACAACUUGAGUAUAUACAUCCCCUGUUAUAAGUUACUUAAAAAUAAAUCCUCUAUGUCUAAACA